AUGGGACGAAGCACGGCAACAAUGCGAAAGGUGUUCAUGCUGGAUUUUGGUCUGGCCAGGCAGUACUUGAACGCCAAGGGCGAGAUCAGAAGUCCACGAAGCGCGGCUGGUUUCCGUGGUACCGUACGCUACGCUGCCGUAUCAGCUCACAAGAACAAGGAGAGAGAGUAUGUGGACGAUCCUCCAAUCUCACCGCCAAACGAGUUCGGCCUCUUCAAGUUGGUCGAUUUGACAGCUGGACACAUGAGCAUGUGCAAUUUGCGUAGAAACCAGUUUUCAAAACAUGACGAGUAA